CAACCUAAAAACUGCAUUCAAUCACCGCUUUUAACAUGGGAAGUGCUUGUUUUUCCUGGGACGUUUGUUUGUUUUUCGCCCUCUUAAAUACUUGCGGAGCAAUGGCAAACGUGGCUCUCUCAGUCCCGGACACAGAUGAGUGCUCGGAGUCCACGGACGACUGUCACAUUGACGCCAUUUGCCAGAACACUCCCAAGUCCUUUAAGUGCAUCUGCAAGCCCGGAUACAAAGGGGAUGGAAAACAAUGUGAAGACAUGGAUGAGUGUGAGAACGACUACAACGGGGGCUGUGUCCACGAGUGCAUCAACAUCCCCGGGAACUACAGGUGCACCUGCUAUGACGGCUUCAUGCUCGCCGACGACGGACACAACUGUCUGGACGUUGAUGAGUGUUCAGACAAAGACAAGUUCAAAGGCGGCUGUCAGCAGGUGUGUGUCAACACCAUGGGCAGCUACGAGUGCCAGUGCACCAACGGCUUCUUCCUGAGUGACAACCAACACACCUGCAUCCACCGCUCUGAAGAUGGGAUGAACUGCAUGAACAAGGAACACGGCUGUGCCCACAUCUGCAGAGAGACCCCGAAGGGGGGCGUAUCUUGCGAGUGCCGUCCGGGCUUCGAGCUGGCCAGCAACCAGAGAGACUGCACAUUGACAUGUCACUAUGGAAACGGCGGCUGCCAGCACACAUGUGAUGACACAGAGACUGGACCAGUGUGUGGCUGCCACCAGAAAUACGCCCUCCACUCAGACAGCAAGACCUGCAUCGAAACCUGUGCAGUAAACAACGGAGGAUGUGAUCGUACAUGUAAGGACACGGCCACCGGGGUGCGCUGUAGCUGCCCCGUCGGCUUCACACUGCAGCCCGACGGCAAGACGUGCAAAGACAUCGACGAGUGCCUGGAGAAUAACGGCGGCUGCGAUCACUUCUGCCGUAACACGGUGGGCAGCUUCGAGUGCAGCUGCCAGAAGGGUCAUAAACUGCUGACCAACGAGCGCACCUGCCAGGACAUCGACGAGUGCUCCUUUGAGAGGGCGUGUGAUCACAACUGUAUCAACUACCCCGGCAGCUUUGAGUGCUUGUGUCACAAAGGCUACACUCUCUAUGGCCUCACACACUGUGGAGAUAUUGAUGAGUGCAGCAUCAACAAUGGGAGCUGCGAGUACGGCUGCGUCAACACACAGGGCGGCUACGAGUGUGUGUGUCCACCUGGCAAGAAACUCCACUGGAACAAGAAAGACUGUGUCGAGGCGGUGAAGUGUCUGCCCAAUGGGAAGCCGGCGCCGCGGGCCCAACUCAGCUGCACCAAGACUGGAGGAGUGGAGGCCUGCUCACUGUCCUGCCCCUCCAACGCCCUCUUCCUCGCAGACUCUGAGAACAGCUACACUCUGAGCUGUGGGGUACCUGUUCAGCCAGGGAAGGCACCGCAGAAGAGGAACGCCACUACCUCACUGCAGACCUGCACAGAAACGUUAUCCCCACCGAUAAAGCAGAAGGCCAAAUUCAAGAUUAGAGACGCCAAAUGUCACCUGAGGCCCAGGAACAAGGAAAAACACAGGGAGACCUCCAAACAAGGCCUACAAGGGGGGCAGUUCCCUUGCACAGAUGACUGCCAGGUCACGUUUGUCAAUCUGAAAUGUGACUCGUCGAGGAGGAGGCGGCGCGGGCGCAAGUCUCCCUCCAAAGAGGUGUCCCACAUCACCGCCGAGUUUGAGAUGGAGAUGAAGGAGGAGGAGGCUUCAGACAUGUGUAACGUGGACUGCGUGCGGGAGAAGACCAAGGUGCGGCUGCAGAGCGCCAUGCGUACCCUCCGCAGGUCCAUCAACAAGCAGCAGUUCUACAUCCAGUUCUCGGGCACCGUCUACGAGGUGGCACAGCGGGCAGCGCGCCAGCCAGAGGUGACGGAACCCUGCAGCACCGGCCAGGUCCUCGUAGACGGCAAAUGUGUCAGCUGUGGUGUGGGGACGUUCUACAGCGGGGGGCAGGAGCAGUGUGUUCAGUGCCCGCCGGGCACCUACCAGGACACGGAGGGCCAGCUGUCCUGUGAGCCGUGCCCCAGCACGGAGGGACAGGGCAUCGCCGGCGCCAAGAACGUCUCCGAGUGUGGGGGCCAGUGUCCUCCCGGGCAUUUCUCUGUGGACGGGUUCCGGCCAUGCCAGCAGUGUGCCCUGGGCUCCUUCCAGCCGGAGCCGGGCCGAGUGCUGUGCUUCCUCUGCGGGGGCGGCCUCAUGACCAAGCACGCGGGCAGCACGUCCUUUAAAGACUGUGAGGCCAAAGUUCACUGUGCUCCUGGACACCAUUACAACUCCACAACGCAUCGCUGCAUCCGCUGCCCAGUGGGGACCUACCAGUCCGAGUUCGGCCAGAACUACUGCAUCAACUGCCCUGGCAACACCACCACUGACUUUGAUGGCGCCACCAACGUGUCCCACUGCAAAAAUCAGAUGUGUGGUGGAGAACUGGGGGAGCUUAUGGGCUACAUCGAGUCUCCCAACUACCCCGGCGACUACCCGUCCAACGUGGACUGUAUCUGGACGAUCAACCCGCCCAACAAGAGACGCAUCCUCAUCGUCGUGCCCGAGAUCUUCCUUCCCAUCGAGGAUGAGUGCGGAGAUGUCCUUGUCAUGAGGAAGAGCGCCCUGCCCACCUCUAUCACCACCUAUGAGACGUGCCAGACGUACGAGAGGCCCAUCGCCUUCACCUCGCGCUCCCGUAAGCUGUGGAUCCAGUUCAAGUCCAAUGAGGGCAACAGCGGCAAAGGCUUCCAAGUGCCCUACGUGACCUACGAUGAGGACUACCAGCAACUUAUCGAGGACAUUGUCCGUGACGGUCGACUCUACGCCUCAGAGAAUCAUCAGGAGAUACUGAAAGACAAAAAACUAAUCAAGGCGCUGUUCGAUGUGCUGGCUCACCCCCACAACUACUUCAAGUACACCGUUCAGGAGUCCAAAGAAAUGUUCCCGCGUUCUUUCAUCAAGUUCCUCCGCUCCAAGGUGUCAAGGUUCCUCCGGCCGUACAAAUAGGUCCCCAGAUCACCUAAGGUCCUUGAACCGCCCCGCACAUCUAAGUGUGGCCCUUUCAUGCUCUCUUCUGCCCCCUAUUGUUUCUGCUCGCUAGCUGUAGCUUCCACAAUUCCACAUGAUAUGUAAAGGAAAAAGACUGAACACCCCUAGACAUUUAAAGUCCUUGUUUCGACUUUAAACUCUUUUUUUUUUUUUUUGAUAAGUUCGUCUUUGUUUUCGUUUGUUUUAUUUGAUUUCAUUUAUUUGUUUUAUCAUUUUUAAGAUAUUUAUAUGUGCUAGUACUAGCAAACCCCACAUCAUGGAUGUUUGAUAUAAGUGUGUGUGUGUGUGUGUGUGUGUGUGUGUGUGCGCAGAUGUGUCUGUGAAUGUAUUUGUGUGUAUGCGUGCAUGUGCGUGUGUGUGUGUGUGUGUGUGCGUGCGCGCGUGUGUCCGUGUUUGGUGUGUGCGUGUGUGUGUGUGUACGUGAAUAUGUAUGAAUUUAUUACUGCAUAUCUAAGGUAUGCUCGUACAUUCAUGUUCACAUACAAUAUAUCUUGCCGGCUAUUUUUUUCUUUGAUUUUCUUCCUAUGGCCCCUGUUGUGCACAAGAAAUAGAGGAUGUAAAAUGUUUGGUGCACUUAAAAGUUUUUCAGCCAUUGUAAGAUGGAUAAAAUGAACCUUUUAUGAGACCCUGAACUAAUUCAGCUUGUGAUGUGCUCACAUUAUGAAAGACAAAGAAAGCGAAAGUCUAUAUAGUAGAUUUUAAACUAUAUAACAAGAUAAGAAAAAAAAACUACCUGCAAGUAACAGAGGUUACGAUAGAAAUGUAUGUUAUGUAACUAAUAUUUGGAACUUCAAUUGCACUUGAAUUUUAUAUUGUAAACUGUAGAAAGAAAUUCUAAGUUUUUCCUUAUGUUUGUGUUGUAUAGAAAUGUUUCAUCUUCGUUUUGUUGGUUUGAAAGAAAAAAAAGAAGAAAAAAGAACUACCCAUAUUUUCACGGUACUCAGUAUUGAAUUCCUUGACAGAAAGAAACAAGUAUAGAAGGAAGGACAUAAAGAAAGAGAAAUAAAAAUCAGAAAGAAAGAAAGAAAUACAUAAUCUGUGCAUCCUCCCUUUUUCCUCACCUCUGAAUCACUCAGUCCUGAGAGUGAAAAUUACCUCUGUAAUCUUUUGUGAACUUUUGUAUGAAUGAUCGUCAAUUGAAGGGAAGAUAUAUAUAUACAUAUAUACUGUAUAUAUAUAUAUACAGUAUAUGUCAGCAGUGGAAUAUAGUGCCAGUUUUGAAUUUGCACCAUUUUCCUGUACAGCAAGCUAGCUUGUUAGCUGCCAGAGAGAAAGAAAGACUUUUAGUUUAAAGUUUCUCAUAUGAUGGCACAAAGUGCAAGCUUUCUUCCAUGUAUCCACGUAUACAGUUAGUCCAAACUAGAUUUAUAUCCAGUCCAAUCUUUUCAUUUAGCGAGGAUGAGAAGCUAGAGUAUGGCACUGAAUGUUGGAUGGUCAGUGGACAUU